AUGUGGCCGGGUCAGCAGCGCUGGCCACGCAGACGGCCCUGGACCUGCUCCUGAAAAGGAGCACCCAGCGGGAGCAGCGGGAGCUGGCCACGGGCUCACUGCAGGUGGCAGUGGUGAAGCCAGGCGAUUCGGGAGAGGCACAGCCCCCCUGCGAGCCACAGGCACAGGAGGAGGGGGCCGAGGUGGACUCUGAGGAGCAGCAGCAGAAGUUGGUGACGCUGCACAUGGCAGAGCCGGGGGAGACACUGGUGCAGGAGACGUAUGAGGAGGCCGCCCUGGGAGGCUCGGAGCUGCAGCAGAUCACAAUCCCCUUCGGCGGCACGGCCGAGUACAGCAUCAUCACGCCCAUCAGCGAGGAGAUUCAGGCUCCAGGCACGCUGUACAGCGAGGAGGAGAGCCCUGCGGACACCUCCCACGCCGUGGUGGUGAGCGGAGCCGUGAUGGCAGAGGAGGCGCUGAAGGACCACGGCGGUCACUACAUCAUGUCGGCCGGUGUCACGGGGAGCCAGUUCCAGCACAUCGAGGUAAGGAGCUGGGGACCCGGCCUUUCCCUCGCCUGCGGAGGGCCCGGAGGCGCAGCCCGGCGGCGUCAAGUGGCCCCUGGUGCAGUGUGUCACCAGGCAGCUCCAGAAGGACUCGUCUCUGUCACCAGCCUCCGAGGGGCAGGAAGGCUCCUCCCCAAAGCUCAAGUGGCCUGCGCUCCAAGGCAUGGCCAAGAAGCUCUCGUGCAAGGUUUCCACCGCCAAGAAGCUCUCGUGCAAGAUUUCCACAGCCAAAAAGUUUUCAUGCAAGAUUUGCACAGCCAUGUUCACAGGGAGGGCGGAAAUGGAGAGUCACAAGAGAGCCACAUUGGGCCCAGCACCUUCAAGUGUCCCGACUGUCCCUUCACCGCAGCCCUCUGGCCGGAGGUUCGGAGCCACAUGGUGCAGCACGCCAGCCUUCGGCCACACAAGUGCACCCACUGCAGCUUCGCCUCCAAGAACAAGAAGGACCUGCGCAGGCACAUGCUGACGCACACCAACGAGAAGCCCUUUGCCUGCCAGAUCUGCGGGCAGAGGUUCAACCGCAACGGGCACCUCAAGUUCCACAUGCAGCGUUUGCACAGCUCGGAGGGGAAGAGGCUGGGGGCGCCCGCGGCCGCCGCGCAGACCAUCAUCCUGAACAGCGACGAGGAGACGCUGGCCACGCUGCAGA